AAAAUAACACAUCAAAUUUUACCGGUAUACAGUUUAAUUGAUCUCUAGAAGAGUAUAUACACUAACUAAUUUCAGCUCUAUAGGGUUUCAUGUGAGACUGGCUAGUUGACAUUCUUCAUAUAGGUUGAAGCUGAUCAUUUUCUGCAAAAAUUUCAUUUGAAACUCGCAUUGAUAUUUAAACAAACAUGCUUUAGCUUUUCUAAAAUUCUCUCUGGACAAAUGAAAUGACUCGUUAGAAGACAUGAACUGUUGGAUGUGUGAAGCCCAGUAGAAGAGCUGCUGGGGUUCGGCUAUAUGCCAAGGCCUAUUCGACAUGCUGUUUAAUGGCAUCUUAAGUUAUGCCAUGAAAUUCAGGAUCUGUAGCAUGGUCCUUGGCUUUUUUUGACCUAAGCUGCUUUGAAGUGCUGUUGAGAACAAAGGAACGAGGAGAACACAGAAAACAGGCAUUUCUUUUGUUCUGGCGGAUGGCAGGGGAGGAAUUUGAUACCUUAAAAUCUGGAUAUUAAGGUCAUGUGGAAACUGGAAAACACCAGGGGAUAUAAACAAGUUAGAGAGAUAACUUGUGUUAAAAUCAAGCUCAAUGUGGCUGCCUCACAGUCUUUUUCGAGUUUGAUUUUGAGUAAUGGAGAUAGGGCUUGCUGUUGUGUUUAUUUAUCAACUCAUAAAGAACUGAUUAAUAUUUUGAAAUGAUUGCACAUCUAACAAAAAAUAGUGUUUACAACUUAACACAUCCUUCACAACUAUACGCACAAACUAUACAUAUCUACAGAUUUCUUGUACCUCUACGAAUGAGGCUAAUCUGAUAUAGAUACAUGAUCGUUUUAAUAGGUUAGAUUGAAUAUAUAUUAGUAUCUAAACCAACCUCCUCUUGAAGGCUUAAUAAUCUGGAUUUGAGAACUAAAUUUUGAACAUUGAUUUGAUAUUUGAUUGUUCAAUCAUGGAUUUUUCAGUUGAAAACAUGUUUAUGAAAGUUGAGUUUCAGAUGAUUGUUACCAGCUGGUUGUAAUUUGCAGGAGCAUCAAAGUAUGAUAGAAAAGAAAAUUUCAUAUUCAUUCCCUGCACCCGCAGUAACAACAUCCGCCGGCAUCUGUACUCUUUUUUUAUAUUAUCAUACUUUGUGUUUAUAUAUAUAUAUAAAGAAUAAACAAUACAAACAUUGGUGCUGAUAACAUUGUAUUGUUCAUCAAUUGUUAUUAUCGAAGAGCUAGCCUGCUGUACAUGCUUGCCUUUUUGUUAGUUUCUCCUCUAUAUAAAUCUUUCAAAACCAAGCACAUCAUCACAAAUGCCAUAAUAGACUAUAGUAGCUCUACCUUGAUCUUCACAUCAAGUUCUUCAUCAUGGCAUCAGCUUCUUCCACCUUCAAAUUCUUGUCACUGCUAGUAGCUUUAUUUGUCGUCGCCAAAAUGGCAAUUGCUGGAGACCCGGAUAUUAUUUCUGAUUUUAUAGUCCCACUAAAUGCAACCACGGUUGAUGGAGCAUUCUUCACUUUCACUGGGAUGCGUGCCCUUGUUGGCGCACAACCACCUUCAGCUUUCAAGGUCUCAAAGGUAAGUGCAGCCGAAUUUCCAGCUCUUAUUGGGCAAAGCGUUUCAUAUGCGGUGCUUCAAUUCCCGGCUGGCACUACUAAUCCACCUCACACUCAUCCUCGGUCUGCGGAGCUUCUUUUCCUUGUUGAUGGUUCUCUUCAAGUAGGAUUCGUCGACACAACCAACAAGCUCUUCACCCAGACUCUACAAGCUGGUGAUAUGUUCAUAUUUCCCAAGGGGCUCGUCCACUUCCAAUACAAUGCCGAUGCUCAAAAUCCAGCUUUGGCAAUUUCUGCUUUCGGAAGUGCUAGUGCAGGGACUGUAUCACUUCCUACUACCCUUUUCACCACCAGCAUUGACGAUAACAUCUUGGCUAAGGCCUUCAAGACUGAUGUUGCCACCAUUCAAGCUCUGAAGGCUGGUCUUGCACCAAAGCCUUGAGGAUGGGAUUCAUCACCAUUCUUUCCCUGUAUUCCUCUUAUAUUUUAUUGUACUUCUAUUUUUUUUUUCCCAUCGUUUGAUGAUUUGUAUUGAAUAAUCGCUCCAACAGUGCUCGAGGCCGGUGCAUAUUGCUCAUUUGUCCACUGCUUAAUUACAUUGU